GGGGCGGUGGCGGUGGUUUCUCUGAAUGCAGCGGAGUCCGGGGAGAGAAGCGGAGCGCUGCCGCGAGCGCGCGGCCGGGUUCGGACGGCCGGGAGCGGCGCCCGCCAUGGGGGCCUCGGAAUCACAAUGAGGACCUAGGGCAUCUGCCUGUUGAUCAUCCCCUGGCCUGUGGUGACCAUGGCCCCCCGCAAGAGGAGUCGCCAUGGCCUGGGCUUCCUGUGCUGCUUUGGGGGUGGCGACCUCCCUGAGAUCAACCUCCGGGACAGUAGCCCCCUGCAGUACAUGGAGUUCUCCAGUCCUAUUCCGAAUGCAGAGGAGCUUAACGUCCGCUUCGCAGAGCUGGUGGAUGAAUUGGAUCUCACCGACAAAAACCGGGAGGCUGUGUUUGCGCUGCCCCCUGAGAAGAAAUGGCAGAUCUACUGCAGCAAGAAGAAGGAGCAGGAGGACCCCAACAAGACGGCGACCAGCUGGCCGGACUAUUACAUUGACCGCAUCAACUCCAUGGCUGCGAUGCAGAGUCUGUACGCGUUUGAUGAGGAGGAGACGGAGAUGAGGAGCCAAGUGGUGGAGGACCUGAAGACGGCUCUCCGGACACAGCCUAUGAGGUUUGUGACCCGCUUCAUCGAGCUGGAUGGCUUGACAUGUCUGCUGAAUUUCCUCCGGAGCAUGGACCACGCCACCUGCGAGAGCCGCAUCCACACCUCCCUCAUCGGCUGCAUCAAGGCUCUGAUGAACAACUCUCAGGGGCGGGCUCACGUGCUGGCGCAGCCCGAGGCCAUCAGCACCAUCGCACAGAGCCUGCGCACUGAGAACAGCAAGACCAAGGUGGCCGUGCUAGAGAUCCUGGGCGCCGUGUGCCUAGUGCCUGGUGGUCACAAGAAAGUGCUGCAGGCCAUGCUGCACUACCAGGUGUAUGCCGCUGAGCGGACACGCUUCCAGACACUGCUGAAUGAGCUGGACCGAAGUUUGGGCCGGUACCGGGAUGAAGUGAAUCUGAAGACAGCCAUCAUGUCCUUCAUCAAUGCUGUCCUCAAUGCUGGUGCUGGAGAGGAUAAUCUGGAGUUCCGCCUCCAUCUACGGUAUGAGUUCCUGAUGCUGGGGAUACAGCCUGUGAUUGACAAACUCCGACAGCAUGAGAAUGCCAUCCUGGACAAGCAUUUAGACUUCUUCGAGAUGGUCCGGAAUGAGGAUGACCUGGAGCUAGCCAGGAGGUUUGACAUGGUCCACAUUGACACCAAGAGUGCUUCCCAGAUGUUUGAGCUGAUCCACAGGAAGCUGAAGCACACAGAGGCCUAUCCCUGCCUGCUCUCUGUCUUGCACCACUGCCUGCAGAUGCCCUACAAGCGCAAUGGUGGCUACCUCCAGCAGUGGCAGCUCCUGGACCGCAUCCUCCAGCAGAUUGUCCUCCAGGAUGAGAGGGGUGUGGACCCUGACAUGGCUCCCUUGGAGAACUUCAACGUCAAGAACAUCGUCAACAUGCUUAUCAAUGAGAAUGAGGUCAAACAGUGGCGAGACCAGGCCGAGAAGUUCCGGAAAGAACACAUGGAGCUGGUGAGCAAGCUGGAAAGGAAAGAGCGAGAAUGUGAGACAAAGACAUUGGAGAAGGAAGAGAUGAUGCGAACGCUGAACAAGAUGAAGGACAAACUGGCCCGAGAGUCCCAGGAGCUACGCCAGGCUCGUGGACAAGUGGCUGAGCUGGUAGCCCAACUCAGUGAAAUCUCAACAGGACCUGUAUCUUCCCCACCUCCCCCUGGGGGACCUUCUUUGAUGACAACCAAUGACCUGCCUCCACCUGCACCCCCUUUACCAUUUUCCUGCUGCCCCCCACCGCCACCACCCCUUCCACCUGUUGGGCCUCCCACUCCCCCUGGUGCCCCGCCUUGCUUCAGCAUGGGCCUGCCCCUUCCUCCAGACCCCUUCCCCAGCAGUGAUGUCCCACUCAGGAAGAAGUGUGUCCCCCAACCUUCCCACCCACUGAAGUCCUUCAACUGGGUCAAGCUGAAUGAGGAACGUGUCCCUGGCACCGUAUGGAAUGAAAUUGAUGACAUGCAGGUAUUUCGGAUUCUGGACCUAGAGGACUUUGAAAAAAUGUUUUCAGCCUAUCAGAGGCACCAGGAGCUGAUAACUAAUACUUCCCAACAGAAAGAGUUGGGCUCCACUGAGGACAUCUACCUGGCCUCCCGAAAGGUCAAAGAGCUGUCAGUCAUUGACGGCCGGAGGGCUCAGAACUGCAUCAUCCUUCUCUCCAAGCUGAAGCUGUCUAACGAGGAGAUCCGGCAGGCCGUCUUGAAGAUGGAUGAGCAGGAGGACCUUGCCAAGGACAUGCUGGAACAGCUCCUCAAGUUCAUCCCAGAGAAGAGUGACAUCGACCUCCUUGAGGAGCACAAGCAUGAGAUCGAGCGGAUGGCCCGCGCUGACCGCUUCCUCUAUGAAAUGAGCAGGAUCGACCACUACCAGCAGCGGCUGCAGGCCCUCUUCUUUAAGAAGAAGUUCCAGGAGCGGCUGGCCGAGGCCAAGCCCAAAGUGGAAGCCAUACUGCUGGCCUCCCAGGAGCUGAUCCGCAGCAAGCGUCUAAAACAGAUGCUAGAGGUCGUCCUGGCCAUUGGUAACUUCAUGAACAAAGGGCAGCGUGGGGGUGCCUAUGGGUUCCGAGUGGCCAGCCUCAACAAGAUCGUCGACACCAAGUCCAGCAUUGACAGAAACAUCUCUCUGCUCCAUUAUCUGAUCAUGAUCCUAGAGAAGCAUUUUCCUGACAUCCUGAACAUGCCCUCAGAGCUGCAGCAUCUUCCAGAAGCCGCCAAAGUCAACCUGGUAGAGCUGGAGAAGGAGGUGGGCAACCUCAGGAAGGGCCUCAGAGCGGUUGAGGUGGAGCUGGAAUAUCAGAAACGCCAGCUACGAGAACCAAACGACAAGUUUGUCCCAGUCAUGAGUGACUUUAUCACAGUUUCCAGCUUUAGCUUCUCAGAUCUGGAAGACCAGCUGAAUGAAGCCAGAGACAAGUUCUCCAAGGCCCUGAUGCACUUUGGGGAGCAGGACAGCAAGAUGCAGCCGGACGAAUUCUUUGGCAUCUUUGACACCUUCCUUCAGGCCUUCUCAGAGGCCCGGCAGGACCUGGAGGCCAUGAGGAGGAGGAAGGAGGAGGAGGAGCGACGGGCACGCAUGGAAGCCAUGCUGAAGGAGCAGAGGGAGCGGGAGCGGUGGCAGCGGCAGCGGAAGGUGCACGCAGGCAGCGCACUGGAGGAGGGGGGCGAGUUCGACGACCUGGUGUCGGCCCUGCGCUCCGGAGAGGUUUUCGACAAGGACUUAUGCAAGCUCAAGCGCAGCCGCAAGCGGCCAGGGGGCCAGGCUCUAGAAGUCACCCGGGAACGGGCAAUAAACAGGCUAAAUUAUUGACCUGGGCACUGGCCACAGCAGGGGGCCAGCAGACAGGGAUGGACCAGAGCAGCUGAGUGGAGGAGGCUGGGAUACAUAAACCCCGUGGUGCUCGGUUUGGAGCCCUGGGCUGGGUCCUGGGGUGGGGACUGUGUGAGGCAGGACCAGAUGUCUCCCACAUGUACCUGAAGAGGCUCCUCUCUCCUCUCCUCUCCUCUCCCCAUUACUUUCUGCUCCCCAGCCCCCAGGGGUCACUGUCUGAGGCUGAUGUGGACAUCCUUGGCAGGCUUAGCUGAGGGGCCUUGCUACCCACCCCCAGCAUGGGUACCCACACAUUGGCACAGGACUCUUUGAGAUCUAGACUGGACAGGUCCAUGCAUCUUGUCCAGAUGUCAUGUGCAGUGGGCAGUAUCUGUGGGGUGGGAGCCCUGUGAGCCAGGGGGAAAGAAUCCAGGCCCUUAUACCUCAAGAGACAGCUUAAUGGAACAUUGAUCUGGGAACCAACUUUUGUCUUGAUGGCAAAGGAAGAAGCAUUAUAUAGCUAGAUAGAUUCCAGGAAAAGAAGAUGCUGGGAGGAUGAUGCAGGGACCAAGUCAUCAGGACACAGAGUACCAGUGCCUAUUUCCUCUGUCACAACUCAUUGAAGCCUCUCUUGCAUGUCUUCAUUCUCUCCCUUCCUUCCCUACUGCCACCUCUAUUCUAUCUACUAAUCCAGAAUCCCAGAAAACCCACCUUUGGGUUCCCACAACUAUGGCUCACUAUCAGGUAUUAGAUGCAUCUGGUAAGGGAGGGGUUUGAACAAAGACUCUGCUCAUCACCAUACCCCAUGCCUUGGGCACAGGGAUCCUGGAACAAAACUCUCUUCCCACCUUCCAUGGACCAUGGUCUUGAGGCAAGAUGGUGACCUCACAUAUUGGCUAGGAGGUCCUGGCAGCCCUUCACCAAAGGGCAGCAGUUGAAUGCCUAGCCCCACCCCAGAGCUUUCUAGUGUACCACAUUACAUUACUCAGACCCCAGACUGUCUGACGUCUGCCUCAGGGCAGAAACCAUAGUGACCUCCACUCUCUCCAGCAUGUAGACCUCAAACCAUGUGUGCCUAUCUGGCUGAGGCUGGUGCUGGGGUGCUGGUUCCUGAGAGGGUCCCAAGGGCCAGUGCUGCCCUCUGCAUUUACAUGCCAUCUCAGAGGAUGUUUCCUCCCCUAAGGCAUUCAGACUUGGGCCAGAGAAGGCUGGGAAGCUAAGGGGAUGUUGGAUGGGGAACAGGAGGAAGGCCUACCUCCCUGGGAAGUGCACUGCCUGAAAGAGACAAGGUGGGGUGGAGUGGCUGGGGAAGUCCUGCUACCAUCAUUAGUACCUUUGGUUCUUCAACCUGACUUUCAAGGGGCCCAUUCUGGUCCUCAUCUUCACUCCCACCUUCCAUUCUAUUCAUCUUCCACUGUCCAUUCCCAUUUUCCAUCCUGUCCAUCUUGAGCAGGUGGGUCGAUGGCUUCACCUAAACAAAGUGUUCUGUCUUCUAAAAGAAAGGAGGUGAGGUCAACUCCAUCAAAGCUCUUAUUUUCAGUACAUUUUCUCCCCCUGGAAUUGACCUUUCAUCCUGUCUACCUGCCUGAACCCUCAUCCAAGGGUUUCUUGCCCUUCCAUCCUUCUGCCCCUCCCUUUAUGUUUCUUACCUUCCAACAUGCUCCUCUGGCUCAGAGCUAUUGCCAGUGGACAGGCUGGUGGGCUGGGCCCAGUCUUCAGCUGCCUGUCUUUUUCCUACACCAGAUUCCUGGGGGUGGGGCCAUAGUAGCUUCCAGGGAAGAAACAAGGUUGGUAAGCCCAGCAUGUGUGUUGGUUAGAGGGGGAAGGAUCUGAGCAAAAGCAGUCUGGCCAGGACAUGUGAAGAGGCCAUCCUGGAGCCCAGGCAAGGGCAAGAUGAAGCUUCUACGAAAAGCAGCUGCAGAGCUGUUAUACCCAUCUGUAUACCCAAAAGCCCUUGCUGCAAGAGGCUGGUAUUGGAAUGAUGGGAAGGUCGUGGGUGGGGUCUCUGAACACCCUCUCCCCAGCUGUCUGGUAUCAACCUCAUCCACAGGGGCAGGGAACAGGGGAGGGCUCCACUCCUAUCCAACAGGCCUGUCCAAAUCCUGGCAUUUCCAUCCACCAGGGAAGCCUGGAUAUGUGCCAUGAAAGACAAGGAAUAUGCAAGCUGUUCAAGACACAUUGGAUCCGCAGAAAAGCAGUUGGCUUAACUGUUUACAGAGGACACAUACAUUCUUCUAGGGCUCUGGCUUCUCCCGCCUAAAGAUAUUUCUUCUCUAUUAUUUUCAAGAUCUGGCCAGUGGCUCUGGCACCAGACACCAUUGUGGCCAGGUCUCCAAGAGUGCCUUGGACCAUGGACCAUUGUGGCUGACUCGGCAAGGGGCUAGUGCCCCAUAGAGACAGCUGAGUGGGUCCUUGAUACACUACAUGUUUACACCUGUUUCUUCCUUGGGCUUUUCCCAGUGACCUCCCCACCCUUCCUGCCAGUCUGAAUUUCUCCUAUUAAUUGUGUGUCUGAUGUAAAAUCCAGUUAACCUAAUGCAACUCGCUCCCUUCUCAGCUACAGCACCCACUCAUUCUCCCAUGAUGGAAGUAAGGUAUGUGUAGGGCAGUAGGCGGAGAAAAUUCUCCGAGUGGUUGGAGAAGGGGCUAGUCCAGGCUCUCCCCACCCCAUCUUGUUCCCACCAAUGGGGGAGCUGCGACCAUCUGCCCACCUGUACCAGGGACACCUUCAUGCCAAGGCUGUUCUCACCAGCUGUCUCAGAAGACAAAUGAGGCUAAUGUAUAAAAUCGGCAAUGUCCUUUCUACCUGCACCUUUUUUAUAAGAAUAUAUUGUAAUACUAAAAAAUAUUAAAUCCAUACCAUCCCCCCA